CAACAAACUAGAAGAAGAUAUUUCUUGUUAGUUUGAACUCUCUGUGAAGCUCCGCCAGCUUUAAAGUGAAGCUGUCAGACUGCUAAACUGACCGAGGCGCCUUUCUUACAACUUACUGUGGCUUCACAACGGAAAACAUGUCAUUUGUGAGAGUUGGGCGUCCUCAACAACACACCAAAGGAAAAAGGCCUUUGCGCCCCAAGAAGGCAGCUGCCCCCAAAAGAGAUUGGGUGAGCACCGUCAACGACCUGUCAGUGCACAAGCUGACGCCUGAAGAGCUGAGUCAUCGCCAUGAGAUACACAAGUCCCACAACAAGGUGGCGGCUCAGUGGGAGCUGAGAGAGAAAGCUCUGAAAUCCCGUCUCAGACACGCUGGGAGUCCAGCAACUCUGGACCACGCCAGCCUCAGCAUCAUCAGGGAGGUUUUCUCCGACCAGCUGCUACUUCAGGAUGUGCUGGCCCGCUCUGACAAAGCCAUGGCUGUAGUCAAAGACUUGUUUGGAGACGCUCCUCGCAGACAGACUGGGCAUCCCAGUGUAACCAUGGCUCCGAACUGUGACUCUGACUCUGCACUGCCUGUUCACCAGAGGCCAGAUCGUCCAACUCAGCUGUCGCUCCUCAGUCAGUCAAUGAUGGACCAACAGGCUCUCAAUGAACUAGAAGCUUCAGAGGAAGACCUCAGUGACGAAGACACUUGUCCUGCUGGCACUUCAGACUAUAAUGUCAUCCGAAGGACCAAUGUACGGAAAAUGAAGGCAAAGACUCAAAGUAGAGUGGUGCAGCAGCAGAAAGUCCAUCGUCCAAUACGUGACCAGAGACACAGAGAUAAUGUUCCUGUAACUCCCUGCACAUCAGGCAGAGCACCAGACCAAACAGCUCUAAAUGCCACAGUGGCUGUUGAGCGUGUACGGUCCAGACGGAGCCAGCCAGAGGAAGCCAAGGAGGAACCAUCAGUCAUGGUUUCACAAGUUCUGAACCCUGAGCUGCCUGUCAACCCCUCAGGCAGGAUCAGUAGUCGCACCACCAGGGCCAGGAGGUGUCUUUCUAAGAGUUCAGAGCUGCAUGGAUCCUCUGUUGCCUCUCUCAGUGAGGACCAGUCCAGUCUGGGUCUGCUGCAGACCAUGUUGGGUCAGGUGGAGGCUGACUUGGAUUCUUUGAGUCCUGAAACUUCAGCACAGAGUCCAGAACAGCACAGAACGCAAGGCCUGACUGGAUUCUCUGUUGCUUUGGUCUCCACUUUAGGCCGCUUAGUGCACCUCAUCAAACAGAGAGAAGAUGAGAUUCAAAAGGAGACUCGGGAGAGAAGAAGAUUGGAAGAGGAGCUGAGAGAGCAGCGGGGGCUGAUUGAUGCUCUCACUGCUGAGACCAUGACUCUGAGGGAAGAGGCUGCUACCCUGCAGGCAGAGUUGCAGCAGCAGACAGCAGAGCUGGAGCAGAAGUUGGACACAGUUGUGUUGGCGAUGGGAGGACUUGGACAGCUGGGUGGACACAUUUUUCCACCCCAAGAAUCUGAUAUCAAAGCUGCAGUUUGUCAGUCUGCACCUGUUUCUGAGCGAACACAAGCCUCUGUUUCUCCUGCUGUCCUGCUCUCCCCACCUCAACAAAGAGACAACUGGCACCAAAUUCCUGUGACUCAUCCCAAGCCACUGCACCCGGAGUUUCCUGCUGUAGACAUCCUGCGUUCCUGUGAAGACCUGAAGAUCCACAGCUCGGCCUCCAGCCUCACCAGUUUGCCUCUCACCAGUCUGCCUUCAACUUCCUCUCUAUCACUGACCGCCGACCCUCUCAGCUCACAGCUCUCUGCAGAGCUCAUGCUGGCUGAAAUCGCUCAGCUGAGCAGACAGAAUGAGCUGAUCAAGGCACAGCUCAGCCAGGCCAAGAGCCCCGGGUCAGGCACCGGAGUAUCACCUCACGGCAGCGGGGAGCAGGGUCGGUCGAGCUCCUGCAGCAACACAGGCAGAGUCACACCUCAAAGUGUAGAUGAGAGGAAGAUGUCAGGAUCCAGGGGUGCAGAGAGACAGAACCUGCACACCCAGGCUGCUAAAGGAGAGCAACUGACUAAUCAGGUGGCAGCUUAUGACCCCCUCAGUGUGGAACAGCGCCUCCUUGAGCUGAACAGGCAGAGUGCAGCAGCCAGGGGUCGACUGCUGGACCUGAUCGAGCAGCAGAAGCAAAAUGUUUCAGCCAAAGUUUCCCCGGCUGUCUCCCCUGUCCCCCCCUCCUCCUUUAGCCCACACACAGCAGCUGGAGGAGGAAGCCCAGAGGUGUCUGCACUGAUGCCUUCACAGCAGCCCCUGUUGAAGGCAGGUGGUGCUGAGAGACGAUCAGCUGGUUCUGAAGUGUCUCUCUCUCCGAGUUUUGGAGGAGAAGCCAGGGAAGGAAACACACAGAGGGACAAGCGGAGAGAGCGAGACGGGUGGUUUGCCUUGUCUGCUCACGUAAGAUGACAAGAAGGGGAGUGUUGGUUCAACGUGAAGCCGAGGACAUUUAAUUAAAAUUUGUUUUUUAGUAUUUUAUGUUUUUAAAUGACUGAAUUAAACGUGUUGAA